AAUGGUGAUCAUAAGAGAUGGAAGAAUAAAGAAAGGGAGAGACAAGGAAGCACACCCCACCAGCCGAACUUAGACUUUCUUAAUUUCUUCCUUCCCACCUUUGGUUUUUAUAAGUUUUGAUUUAGUCCCAUAAAACAGUAAAAGAGAGAGAGAAAGAGAAAAAGAGAGAAAAGAAAAUGCUUCCCAUCAUCAUUACCGUUAUUAUCAUUACUUCAUCAAGCCCACAGACCAGACUUAAAAUCCAAAUAAGUCACUACCUGGCCCUCUUUUCUCCUUCCAUUCACCUUUUUUAUUCUUUUUGCACCUGCUCUUGCGUGCACCUUCCCACACACAUGCCUCCUUUCUCAAGUUUUCUUUUAUUCCCUCCUCUCCUUCUCUCUUUUCUUCUCCAUUUUACUUCGAUCCAAGGAAGCUCUGAUUCUUCAAAAUAUAUGUAUCUAAUUGAUAAAGGCACACAGGGAAUUAUCCUGCUUCUUUUUCAACCCCAGUGAUAACUCUCUUAUUUGAGAAAUUUUAGCUAUCUCUUUGUUUCAAACUGAGGAGACAAACUAAGGAAGUUUGGAGGAGAACUAGGAGAAGAAGAAGAAGAAAAAGCUUGGAAGGAUGGGCGCAAGGGUUCGUCAGUUUCUCAUGUUCUUCCUCUUGGGUAUUUUCCUUUGUGCAGGUUCAAUUGUUACAGAGACACCUUUGAAUAUUGGAUCAACUAGGCACACCAAAGAGUUAUUAGACCAUGAAGAAUUAGCAACCAAAAGAGAUGUCAUCACACCUAUAACAACAGUUCCAGUGGUCAAUCCAACUCCCACAACAAUUCCAACUCCAAUGCCAACUACUACUCCUCCUCCUACUAUGACAGACCCAGUCACAACACCGGCAACACUGACACCGACAAUUACAAGCCCAAGUAGUACUACUCCGGCACCAGGAAUCCCUGCAUCAACAGGAGGAAGUUGGUGUCUUGCAACCCAAAGUGCUUCAGAAACUGCAUUGCAGGUGGCCCUUGACUAUGCCUGUGGAUACGGAGGUGCAGAUUGUUCAGCAAUUCAACCAAGUGGACCUUGUUACAACCCAAAUACAGUUCGUGAUCAUGCAUCUUAUGCAUUCAAUAACUACUACCAGAAGAACCCAAAUCCGAAUAGCUGCAACUUCGGAGGAACAGCUGUUGUAACAAAUAUUGAUCCAAGUAACGGAUCCUGUUCGUAUCAAUCGACGAGUACCAGUGCAUCAGUUUUGAACACUACAAACCCAAUAGGAUCUACAGUUUAUGGAGCAGAACCUAAUGGAUCCACCAAUUCAGCAGCAGUAGCCAGUGUUUCACAUAGUUUUUUGAAGCUCUUCAACAUGGCAUGCAUUUUAGUCUCAGUUCUAGCAGUAAGAUGGAUAUGACAGAAACUUCAAUCCACAACAAGGCAAUUCCCUCAAUUGCCCCCAUCAGGCUAUUUGUUCUGUGAGCAUAAAUAUAGUAA